CUUGAUUUAAAAAAAUAUGGUAAUGACAAGAAUGAGAAGGUGUCUUGGAUUGCUUGGCCUCUAAUUAAAGAUGAUGAUAAUGACAAACAUGACAAUGAUAAUGGAGUAGAUGCAGAUAAUGCACAUUUUGACUCUCAUGGUUUGACAAUGAGAAUGUUGUUUGUGACGCUAAUGAUAAAAAGAUGAAAAUGAUGUACACAGCAGUUCAAAUGUAUCUCUCGGAUUUCUUAGGCUGAGAAUGAGGAUGAUAAUGAUACAAAGAUGUCAAUGAGAAUUAUGACGCCAAGGACAAACAUGAAAAUGAUAAUGACAAAAGAUUAGAUCAAUGUAGAUUUUGACUAAUGGUAUGACAAGAAGGAUGUUCAUGAUGGUAAUGAUAAAAAGAUGGCAAUGACAAGAAUGAGAAUGAUGUACACAGCGGUUCAAAUGUGUGUCCAAGACUUCUUGGCCUGACAAUGAAGAUGAGGAUGACAAAAGAUAAUAAUAAAAAAAAAUGAGAACGAUAAUGACAAAGAUUAGAAUGAUGAACAUUUUGACUCCCAGCAUGAGAAGGAGGGUGUCGAUAAUGGUAAUAAUAAAAAAUACGAUAAUGACAAGAAUGAGAAUGAUGUACACAGCGGUUCAAAUCUGUGUCUCUGGCUUCUUGGCCCUACAUUGAAGAUGAAGAUGAUGAUAAUGACAGACAUGAGAAUGAUGAUGCGGAUGAUGCACAUUUUGACUUUCUUGGUUUGACAAUGAGGGUGUUGUUUGUGAUGGUAAUGAUAACAAGUGAGAAUGAUGUACACAGCAGUUCAAAUGUAUGUUUUGGAUUUCUUAGGCUGACAAUGUAGAUGAGGAUGAUAAAAAUGACAAACUCAUGUAUGAUAAUUAGGAAGAUGAGGAUGAAACGCAUUUGACUGUCUUGGUUUGACAAUGAGGAUGUAUGUUGUUUAUGAUGGUAAUGAUAAUAAUGAAAAACAUGAUAAUGAUGCACAUUUUGACUAUCGUGGUCUUACGAUGAGGAUGAUAACCACGCAAAAAUGCCAAUGAGAAAUAUAAUGACAAGGCAAAACAUGAGAAUGAGAAUGACAAAGAUUAGAAUUAGUACUCCUGGUCUGAUGUUGAUGAUGGUAAUGAUAAAAAAAAUGAUAAUGACAAAAAUGAUGUACACAGUGGUUCAAUUGUAUGUCUCUGAUUUUUAGCCUGACAUUGAAGAUGAGGAUGAAAUGUGGAAUUACAAACAUGAGGACAAGCGGUUGAAAAUGGAUGGAUGGAUGGCUGGAUAAUGAUAAUGAGGAAGAUGCAGAUGUUGCACAUUUUGAUUAUCUUGGUUUGACAAUGAGAAUGUUGUUUGUGAUGGUAAUUAUAAAAAGACGAUCAUGACAAGAAUGAGAAUGAUGUACACUGCUGUUCAAAUGUAUGUCUCGGAUUUCUUCGACUGACAAUAAAGAUGAGAAUGACAAAAGAUGAUGAGUAUUAUAACCGAGUCGAUGAUGAGAAUGAUAAUGAUGCACAUUUUGACGCUUGGUUUGUAAAUGAGGAUGUUUGUGAGAUGAUCAUGACAAGAAUGUAUGUCUCGGACUUCUUGGCUUCACAAUGAGGAUGAUAAUGACAAACAUGAGAAGUGUAAUGAGGAUGGUGCAUGUUUUGACUCUAUAAAAAUGUUGAUGAUGAUGGUUAUGACAAAAAUAUGUCAAUGAUAAUGAGAAAGUUGAUGACCAUCUACAUAGCGGCUGCCUGGCCUGUCUGAUUAAUGCUGUUAAUGAGAAAACAUGAUAAUUCAUUAAUAAGGACAACAAACACAGCGGUUCAAAUGUCUUGGACCUCCUGGCCUGACAAUGACCAUGAGGAUUACAAUAACAACAAAUGUCAAUGAGAAAGAUGAUGAUGAUGACAUUAACAAACAUGAGGAUGAGAAUCAUUUUUUGAAGGGCACUGACUUGGAUUAUUUGCAGACAAAACUACAUCAGAAAAUAUGUACAGUAUGAAAGUCAAACUGUGUGUGUGUGUGUGUGUGUGUGUGUGUGUGUCUGUGUGUGUGUGUGUGUGUGUGUGUGUGUGUGUGUGUGUGUGUGUGUGUGUGUGUGUGUGUGUGUGUGUGUGUGUGUGUGUGUGUGUGUGUGUGUGUGUGUGUGUGUGUGUGUGUGUGUGUGUGUGUGUGUGUUGGAUUAUGUCUCUCCAGAGGUGUAAAUUAAGGGGCGAGGUGAGGCUGGAUUAGGGAUUAUCUCUGAUGAUCUUGUCAACCUUUUGUUGUUUAUGAGCCGCCUCCAGAUGUGUGAUUCUUUUCCCUCCCACACCCACAACCACACACACACACCUACGCACAAGGUGGAGGUGUGCAUGAUGACGUCUGUGCUGAGAGAAUCCUGAUUAGUGCGGUGGGGGAGUGUGUUUGUAGGUUAGAGAAAGAUUGCAGGGGCUAAAGAUAAGAGGAUUAGGGUGGAAUUAGUGUCAUUCCCGCAUUGCCGGGAGGAAUAAAUUCAUAUCGAUUUUAAUCAGAGAGAGAACAAUCCUCAGAUGAAGCAGGCAGAGAAGUGAUGUGACACCUGGAAAGGCAGACGUUCCUGGGGAUGAUGAGGGAAGCAGCGGGACGACCUCCCAGGAUGCGUCUGGAAGCGCGUCCGUCUCCGCUGUGAGAUGCCUGCUCGCAGCGUCCCGCCAUAGUCCACACGCGCAGGAGGCCCGACUGGGGAGACGUGGAGGCGCCUGGGGGGGGGAGAGGAGCUUUGUGGCGGCGGGCGCGAGAGGGAUGCUGUGAAAAGAUGAAGGUGGACGUGCUGACGUGUCUAACGGUGGCCGCCGCGAGCCUCGUCGCCAUGGUGACCGGGGGCCGCAGCUCCGGGCGCAGGAGGCACAAGGAGGUCUUCCACGGGGAAAACAGCAAGUUCAAGUUUGGAGGACGGAUCGACUACAAGUUGAAGAAACAGGACAGCACCAAAACACUGCUGAUAAAAAGUGAACAGCUGCUGAGGAUUGAGGAGCACGACUUUGCCAUGAGACCUGGCUUUGGAGGAUCGGCCAUCCCCGUGGGCAUCGACGUGCAGGUGGAGAGCAUCGACAGCAUCUCUGAAGUCAACAUGGAUUUCACCAUGACCUUGUACCUGCGCCACUACUGGAAAGACGAGCGCCUGGCCUUCCCGUCCCGCAACAACCAGAGCAGGACGUUCGACUCACGGCUGGUGAAGAAGAUCUGGGUCCCGGACGUCUUCUUCGCUCACUCCAAGCGCUCCUUCAUCCACGACACCACCAUGGAGAACAUCAUGCUGCGCGUGUACCCCGACGGGAAAGUCCUCUACAGCGUCAGGGUGACGGUGACCGCUCUGUGCUCCAUGGACUUCAGCAGCUUCCCUCUGGACACACAGAACUGCUCGCUGGAGCUAGAGAGCUAUGCGUACAACGAGAACGAUUUGAUGCUCUACUGGAAAAAUGGGAACGACUCACUGAGGACCGACGAGAUCGUCUUGUCUCAGUUCUUCAUCGAGCAUUUCCACCCCUCCAGCGGCCUGGCCUUCUACAGCAGCACAGGAUGGUACAAUCGUCUGUUCAUCAACUUCAUCCUGCGGAGGCACAUCUUCUUCUUCAUGCUCCAGACCUACUUCCCCACCAUGCUGAUGGUGGUCCUGUCCUGGGUGUCCUUCUGGAUCGACCGCAGGGCCGUCCCCGCUCGCGUCUCUCUAGGCAUGACCACCGUGCUCACCAUGUCCACCAUCAUCACCGGAGUGUCGUCCUCCAUGCCUCAGGUGUCCUACGUGAAGGCGGUGGACAUCUACCUGUGGACCAGCUUCCUGUUUGUCUUCCUGUCCGUCAUCGAGUACGCGGCGGUGAACUACUGCACCACCCUGGAGGAGAUGAGGAAGAUGAAGGGGGGAAAGCUUCCGUCCACCUUCAACGCCAGCCAGGCCAUGGCCUUCGACGGCUGUUUCCACGACAACGAGCUGGAGCUGACACCGUUCCCCCGCCUGGCUCAGGCCCCGACCUCUGACCCCCUCACGGCGCCCUCGCCGCUGCACAACACACACCCCCCGGUGGGGACCCGCCUUCACCGGCAGCGCUCGGUGCGGGAGAACGUGGACCUCCUGGUGAGCAACAGUUACAUGAUUGACUCGUACUCCCGCCUGGCCUUCCCGCUGUCCUACCUCCUCUUCAACACCAUCUACUGGGGCCUCUACUCCUGAGCUGGAGUACCUGGAGAUAACACCCAAACUAAUUAUCCAUAAAUGCUCCAACAGAGAUUUCAAAGUGGAUCUUCAGACUGUGAGGCGGUCACCAUGCCAACCAGAUUACACUACAUGUCAUUUUUUCAUUUUUGUUCAUACUUGAAUAUUCUCAUUUUGAGGGGGAAUUACGCAACUAAAAUAAACCUACUUUUUCAAAGAGUCUUAAUUCUUAUCACAUGCUCAUCAAAGUAUCUCCCAUACCUUACAUAUUGUGUUGACGUAUGGGGGGAAUACUUACCACAACACAAUUCAUUCUCUGAUCAUGUUACAGAAAAGAGCAGUGCGGAUCAUUCACAACGUUGGUUUAUUAGAACAUACUCAUAAUCUGUUUAUGCAAUCAAAGUUGCUCAAAUUUGAUGACCUUGUUAAAUAUAAUACAUUAA